AAACCUGUUCCUGUUGCCAGCAGAUGCAGCAUGCAGAUAGGAGAUUAGUAUUAGAUUAGUAGUACUUCAGUAUUCUUUCAAUAGUGAGACGUUUAUUAUAACUUCAUAAUUAGGUAAACAAUAGAAGUAUAUGAAUGAAGUUACAAUAACCCCGAUUUUAUACUUUACAAGAACGCGUUGUUCUAUUUAUUACUAUUUAAGACAAUAUUAGAUAGUGUUGUACACGUGGUACAGACUGUAAACAUGAGUGUUUUAGGGAGUUUAAAGCGUUUAAAAAAAUCUCCCAUUAAAAUUGGGACUCACAAUGGAGUUUUUCACUGUGAUGAAGUACUAGGGACUUAUAUGUUACAGUUGAUAAUCCCCGAUUCCGUAGUUGUAAGGUCAAGAAGUAGUGACGUUUUAAAAGAAUGUGACAUUGUGAUUGAUGUUGGGGAUGAAUAUAACCCGUCUAAGCAUCUGUUUGAUCAUCAUCAGAGAGGAUUCAAUGAAAGUGUCAGUUCCAUCAUGCCAGGUAAACAAUGGUCUACUAAGUUAAGCAGUGCAGGGUUAGUAUACUGUCAUUUUGGUAAAGAAGUCAUAAAAAAGAUCCUAGGCGAUGAUUCUUUGGGAGGUGAUAAACUUGAUGCGAUCUUUGAUCAUGUUUAUGAAGAUUUUAUCCAAGAAAUUGAUGCAAUUGACAAUGGUUUUCCAAUGUUUGAUAGUGAACCUAGAUAUCGCAUAACUACAAACUUGAGUAGUAGGGUAAACCAACAAAACAAACAAUGGAAUUCAAGUGAUGAUUUUAAUGAAGAAGAAGCAUUUACCAAUGCCCAAAAGUAUGUGGGGAGUGAGUUUGAAAGUAAAGUGAAAAGGGCCGAAAAUGUUUGGUGGCCUGCUAGGAAAAUUGUAUCUGAAUCAAUAUCCAACGUUUUGAAAACUGACCCAAGUGGACAUAUAAUAGAACUGAAAAGACAUUGUCCAUGGAAAGAACAUUUUUUUAAUUUAGAAAAAGAAAUGAAUCUGCCCAAAGACAUUUACUAUGUUAUAUUUAGUGACAGUCAUGACAACUGGAGAGUUCAAGCUGUAUCCCUAAAUUCUGGUAGUUACAUCUGUCGAAUUUUUCUUCCGGAGGAAUGGCAAGGUUUAAGAGAUGAAGAACUAAGUAGAGUAGCAAAUAUUGAUGGUUGUAUAUUUGUACACCACACUGGAUUCAUUGGAGGUAAUAAAACAAGAAAAGGUGCUAUGGAAAUGGCUGUUAGAAGCAUUGCAAUGUGGAAGAAUAAGUCAUGUUUAUAGCAAUUAACUGAGUGUAUCAUGUAAUUUUACAUAAAAUGAUUAAUGCAGA